AUGGCACCCAACUCCACCCACACCAUUGAGACGGUCGCAACCGACAAUACGCCCCUGCAAGCGUCGCCUCCAAGCCCUAAGCAAAGGCGUCUCUCGUGGCGAGUCCCAGUGCACUCGCCCGACGUCUUCACCACGGCGCCCGCUCCCUCUGCCCAUGCCCACACCGCCCUGAUGCAUGGCCACGACCACGAGGGUCCCUCGGAGCGAACAAGGCACUUGCAUGGAAACGCCGAAGACUCUGAAGAAGCCCAGGCAAACAAGUCCAAGAAGAUUGAAAAGAUGAUUACGCCAUACCUCGCACAGCACAUCCCCCAGCAGUACAACCCGCUGGGCGGUGCCAAUGGCGACGGCCAAGACGAACGCCCGCCCACGGCCAACACAAAGUUCUGCUACCGCCACAGACCCGACCUGCUCUGUAGACGACAGGCAGACGAGCCCUCCAUGGAGCAGUUGCAAGCCGAACUCAGCAGAGAAUCCCAAGCAGACCAGCAGAGCAUCGCCAACGUAUGGUCGCUCUUCUCUGCUGCCCCCUCUCGACACCGCAACCUCAUGCUCCAGGGCAUUCUCGCCCAGUGCUGCUUCCCGCAGCUCUCAUUCAUCUCCUCAUCAGUCCGCAACCUCAUCAAGAUUGACUUUCUCGGUGCACUCCCCACCGAACUGGGCUUCAAGAUCUUGUGCUAUCUUGACACAACCUCACUCUGCAAGGCAUCUCAAGUCAACAGGAGGUGGAGACAAUUGGCCGACGAUGACGUCGUCUGGCAUAGGAUGUGCGAGCAGCACAUUGACAGAAAGUGCACAAAAUGUGGCUGGGGACUCCCGCUGCUAGAUCAGCGUCGCUUGCGCCAUGAGAAGAGGCGGAUACAGCUUCGGGCUUCGGGCCGGGGACUAAACGAAUGGUCGCCGAACAUCACACCUCAGCCCGAUUGCUUCGUCCCGCCCGCAACGGACCCUUACCUUCCAGACGGCGCUACCUCACCCACAGGCAUCAAGCGCUGUGCACCAGACAACUCAGCCUCGCCAGAAGCUUUGAGCAAACGGCAAUGUCUAAACGGUGCGCCAGGCCAGGAUCAACUCACGUCCUACGUUGACCACCCUCGAAAACGCCCGUGGAAGGACGUGUACAAGGACCGUUACAAGGUCGGUAGUAACUGGAAAUACGGGCGCUACUCAACACGGAUAUUCAAAGGCCACACCAAUGGCGUCAUGUGCCUACAGUUCGACGACGAGGUCCUCAUUACGGGAUCCUAUGACGCGACUGUCAAAGUCUGGGACAUCAAGACUGGCCAAGAGAUACGCACGCUUACUGGCCACUCUCAGGGCAUCCGAUGUUUGCAGUUUGAAGACAGUAAGCUCAUCACCGGAAGCCUGGACAAUACCAUGAAGAUAUGGAACUGGCGGACUGGUGCACUGAUCAAGACGCUGAAUGGUCACAGCCACGGAGUCAUUGGCCUUCACAUGGCAGAUAAGCUCCUGGCAUCUGGCUCCUCUGACAACACCAUCAUGGUGCACGACUUCACGCAGAUGAAACGUACCACGCUUCUAGGCCACACGGACUGGGUCAACUCGGUCAAGCUGGACGUUCCUUCGCGAACCCUCUUCUCCGCCUCCGACGACAUGACAGUCAAACUGUGGGACCUCGACACACAACGUUGCAUCCGGACCUACGAAGGCCACGUGGGCCAAGUCCAACAAGUGCUCCCGCUGCCCAAAGCCUUUGAAAUCGACGAAGACGACUUUGUCGCCAACGCCAACAACGACACGUCAGACACGGCGUCGCUCGCCUCCGACACACCGAAAUCCCGUACCCAAUCCCUCGCCUCGUCAUCCUACGCACACGCCCACGACGACAAGUCGUCCUUUUUUCCAGACGACCCAGCCCGUCCUGCUCCCCCCUCGUACAUGCUCACCGGCUCCCUCGACGGCACCAUCCGCCUCUGGCACGUGCCCUCAGGCCGCUGUGUCCACCGCUUCUUCGGCCACGUCGAAGGCAUCUGGUCGCUUGCUGCCGACUCGCUGCGACUUGUGAGCGGCGCCGAGGACAAGACGAUUAAGAUUUGGGAUCCUAGGACCGGCAAGCACGAGCGCACGCUUACCGGUCACACGGGGCCUAUCACCUGUGUGGGGCUGAGCGAUGAGCGUGUGGUUAGUGGUAGUGAAGACGGCACUGUUCGCGUCCAUUGUUUUGUCGAAGAAGGCGCCUAG